AUGUAAGAACGGUUUAUGAGGGCUAUUCAAGAGUUGGAUACCCUUUUAAGAGAAACUGAAACUGGCAAGAUUAAACUUAGUCUUACUCUUAAGGAUCUAGCACAAUUGCAUCACUUACAGUCCAGACUUCAGGAGUGUAAGUUUCUCAAUUCAAUCUAUUCAGAGGAAAGCAGAAUCAAAUAAUACCUAAGCAGAGCAGUGACAGUUAAUCUAUAAAUCUAAGAAGAAUUGUGUUCAAUUAUAGAGACGAAAAUGGAAUCUAUUACAUCUAACUUCAACCAUUUGGAUAAGCUGAUUCUCUAUAUCUUGAAUUAAACUAUGAAUAAAACAACCAUGAAGGAUGUACUAAGACAAAUUAGCAAUAUUAUUUUGGGUAGCAAUAAUUUCACUUUGCUCCGAUUUUAAGAAAAAUCUGUAGAAAGUGUCUCUACUGACGAAUUUAUUGAGUCAUAACUAACAGAACAAUAGAAAUUACAGCUUUACUAAUAAUUCCGUGGCGAUCAACUUGAAAUCAUCACUUUCUAACCCACUGGGCAAUUACAAUAGAUAUUCAAAUGCAGUUCUUUAUAGGUUAUCAGAGUGCCAUAAAAAUUGAAUGCUUAAACCCAUUCUUCACUCAUCAUCUACGAAGCAUAAAAUUAGGCCAAAUUGCCAUAAUCCAAACCUCAUCAAAUUAAACUCAUAUGCGAUCAACUUAUUACUAUAGGUUAUGACUACUUGAAUGAGAAUUACCAUAAAGAUGACUUAAUCAAUUCAGUCAGAGCCAUUGGCUAAUUUUUAAUUAAAAAUGCUCCAAUCUUAUUUUAGGAAUGCAUUAGAAAUGAAAUCGAAAGGAAACUCAACACUAAAUGUGAAAUUAUUUAAUCAACCAAACACUCAAAAGACACUAGUUUCGCUAUUUUAGAAAACCAAACCAAGUGUUUUAUUCCAGUUAUGUCGAAUCAUGUCGUUUAAUUCUAUUUGCAUAUGGAGAAUGUCUCCUUGGAUAUAAUCACUUUUGCAGAUUUUAUGUCAUAACUAUGGUAACAUUUUAAGCAUUCCUUAAGAGAAUUAAAGGAUAAAGAAUUUCUAUAUUAAAUUAUUGAAGUAAGUACACCAACCAAAUUAGUAAUUGCUUCUGAUCUACAUCUAAAUAUUAUUUAUUAGAGUGGUUCUGUUCCAUCUUCAUGGAAUUUCUUAGAUCUUAGCAAUUAAUUAAUUGAUUGUUACUAAAAUUUAACAGAAAUCAAAAUGGAAGAAAUCUACAAAACUAUGUUACUCUCAUCCUUAGAGGAAGUUUAAAAGAGUAAGAAAGGUGCAAUCGAUGCUGGCUAAAUCAUAUAUCAUGAUAAAUAUGUUGAUAUAGCAAUUUACGUAAAAAAAGACGAGAAAAAUGAAAUUAAUUAGUUCUUUAUUGUUUUUGAUCAACCAAAAAAAAGAUUCGAAUCCCAACGACAAUCUAAAAGUGAGAUAAAAGUAUCAGAAACACUUGCAAGCUUGAAAUAGGAGAAAAUAGAGAAAGCAUGCUUGGUUCUACAAGAGACAUUAAAUCUGAAUCUAUAAAUGGAUGAGAUUAUUGAUAUGCUCAAAGAACAUGCAUUGAUGACAAUUAUCGAACAAAAAGAAUAAAUAACUGAAGACAUCAGAUAAACUUACGUCUUAGAAUAUUAUAGAAACUCUGAAUAAGUGUAAACUUAUCGUAGGACAAUAAGCGAACCUGAUACUCCAUUCGCAACUAAAACUUUGAUUCAAGAACAAUAAUUGACUAAUGCAAAAAAAAUGGAACUAUUUUAAUUAAGACCUGAUGAUUUAGAAAAUUUGGGCAAUUGGUGUUUUGAUAUCACAGUUUAGAAAGAUUAAAUAAAACAUUAUACUUGGGCAUUGUUUCAUUUAUUAAACUAUUUUGAUAAAUACCAAAUAUAUAAGGAAACAUUUUUCCAAUUUUUAGUUGCAAUAGAAGAGAGAUACAACAGUCGUCGCAACCCUUUUCAUAAUUUUGAGCAUGGGUUUACUGUGGCUCAUGCAUGCUAUUAUAUGAUAAAGAAUAAACUAUUAGAUGAAUAUUUAGAUUAAACUGAAUAGUUUGCAGCUAUUUUAUCUUCUUUAUGUCAUGAUAUAGAUCACACAGGCAGAACAAAUGGAUUCGAAGUUGCAAGAAUGUCUAAAUUGGCAGUUCGAUACAAUGAUGAAAGUGUGUUGGAGAAUCACCAUGCAGCAAUGACCUUUAAGAUUAUGCAGAGAGAGAAAUACAAUAUUUUAUCUAAUCUCUCUCAAGAACAAUUCCAAAAAGUCAGGAGAUUUAUGGUUUCCAAUAUCUUAGCAACUGAUAUGAAAAAGCACUUCGAUUUAGUGUCAUCAUUUGAAAUUAAGUAUAAAAAUGGAGAAAUGAAUAUCCUUAAUAUGGAAACUAAAAGAGUGUUAUCAGGUUUAAUUGUCCACACUUGUGAUUUGACUUAGCCAACUAAGAGAUUUGAAAUUACUAAGAAAUGGUCAAUAAGAAUAUAGAAUGAGUUCGAUAAUCAAGUGGAAGAAGAGAGAUUAUUAGGAUUGCCAGUUACUUAACAUUUAGUAUGCUAAAAUUUACCAAAAUAAGAAUUGUCAUUUAUCAGAAAUAUCAUCUAACCAUUAUAUGUAUUAACAUCUUCAAUUUUGAAUAAUGGAUUGUCGGUUGCUUUGAAGUGUUUAGAGGAGAAUGAAAAAGAAUGGACAAAACUACUGAAUUGA